AUGAAGUUGAAGUUAUGUAUAUUAUUUCACACAUUGUAUCUAUUCCUUUUUUCGUGCACUUGUAAUGAAAAUUUUAUUUAUGAAAAAAUAAAAAGAACCGUAAAUGAAGCUGAAGAAUGUUCAUUAGAUGAUGUGCAUUUCAUGGACAGCUACAGUGAAAAAUUGUACUGGAUGUGGACCAGUAAUUUUUUCAGAUAUAUAGGUAUUAAAACAUAUAUUUAUGAAAAUGAUACAAUAUACGAAAAAAUAAAAAAGGGAAACAAUAAUUUGUACAAUAUACUUAAAGAUGAUGAAUUUUUUCAUUAUAACAAUAGAGAUGAAUUUAUAUCAAAUGCAUUAAUUAUUUUAUCAAAUGAAAAAACUUUAAAAAAAAAUAUAGAUUUACAUAUCUCUAGGAAAAAGGUAAAAUUCUUUCAAGAAUUGACCCAAGAACAAUUAAUGAAUAUAUUUAUUAACGAAAAAAAUAAUUUAAUAAACUCAUUUAAAAAAUUAAAAAUGUUUGAACAGUUUCGAGAUGUUGCCAAUUCCAAAUAUUAUUAUCAUAAGAAGUUAAUAGAAAAUAAACAAGAGUCCAAAAUUGAUGAUGCUAUCCUUCCAGAUAUAAAGGACAAGCAUAAUAAUAAUAAUAAUGAAAAAAAAGAAGAAAAUGCAAAUAUUAAACGAAUAAAGAAUGUCAUCACUUUUAACCUUGAUGAUAUACCUCAAAUCAAGGAAGUGUAUUUUGAUUACUACGACAGGAAUAAGUGGAAUAAAUAUUUCUAUUUUGAUACUAAUGGCCUAGAAGCAGAUAUGUAA